CGGGGUGAGGAAGAUGGCGGCGGCAGCGGUGCUGGCUGGGGCGUUCGCGGGGCGGCUGCUCCGGCGGGCGGGCGGGUCCGUCCCGCGCCCGCUGACUCGCCUCGCCUUCCCGGCAGGGCCCCCGGCCCCGAGGCGGCGCAUGAGCGGCGCGAGCCGGGUGCUGGUGGAGCUGGACGAGCAGGCGGGCGUGGCGGUGGUGCGGCUGCAGCAGCCGCCGGUGAACGGGCUCAGCCUGGCGCUGCUGACCGAGCUCUGCCUGGCGCUGCAGAGGCUGGAGGACCGCCGGGCCUGCCGCGGACUCGUCCUCACCUCGGCCGUCCCCGGGAUCUUCUCGGCCGGGCUAGACAUCACGGAGAUGUACGGGCGGAGCGAGGAGCGCCUGGCCGAGUUCUGGAGGGCGGUGCAAGAGAUCUGGAUCCUCCUCUACGGCAGCCGCCUCGCCACCGUGGCCGCCGUCAACGGUUCCAGCCCCGCAGGAGGCUGCCUUAUGGCCUUGUCGUGUGACUACCGGAUCAUGGCCGACAAUCCGAAGUACAGCAUUGGUCUGAAUGAGACAAGAUUGGGCAUAGUCGCCCCUUUUUGGUUCAAGGACUGCUUGCUGAACACAGUUGGCCAUAGGGCUGCUGAGCGCUCCCUCCAGCUGGGGCUCCUCUAUUCUCCUCAAGAAGCCCUCAAAAUCGGCCUUGUGGAUGAGUUGGUGCCUGAAGAGAAGAUCCUGGCCAGGGCCGCAGAAGUGCUGGCCCAGUGGCUGGCCGUUCCAGAUCACGCCCGGCAGCUCUCCAAGUCCUCCCUGCGGAAGCAAGCUGUGGACCACCUGCUGAUGCACCGCGAGGCUGACAUCCAGAACUUUGUGCGCUUUGUUUCCAGGGAUGCUAUUCAGAAUUCUCUCCAGAAGUACAUGGAGAUGCUGAAACAGAGGAAAGCCUGAAUAGGUCUGCUUCUCAGAGCUCGAGGGCUUGGCCUGGCAGCCUUACCGCUGCCCCCGUUGGCUGCUUUCUUUCCUCAGGCCACGGUAGACUGAGCACCGUAGCGUCUGGCUUUAAUGGCUUUUGCAUAGUUUGUUGUUGGAGUUUGGACUGCAGAGUUCAGGUUGUGGCUGGACAGCCAGGGAGGCAGGCUAGGCCGUCCAGCGCCGUUAAGCAUUUGGUCUUCCUGAGAAGCACACAGAACAUCCAAUAAAUGCUUACGGCAGA